CUGUAGACAGCUGGAGGACGAUGGAUCGUGGACCGGUGCCGCAAACACUACUUUCAGUUGACGAUCGGAGAUCGAAGUGAACGGACGCUCGCCAUUCAAUCCGCGAAUCCAGUGCGCGCGGUUCGUUUUGUCGUGAAAGUUUGGUGUUUGCGGUGGCCUGUUGGUUGGCCGUUAGGUCGUUAAGACGGUGGCCAAUAAAUCGGGCACGAGAUAAGAGCCAAGAUCUGCAUUGUGGUGCGUUGCGCGUGAAAGUUGUGGCCAAACGGUGCGACGGUUGUUGAAAGAAAUACUUUUUCUCCCCGAACGGAAGGAAAAGCUCGACGCUCUAGCGGAGAUGGAAAACCAAAGCUACGUCGCGGAUGAGGGCGGCCACGGUACCGUACUGCAGACCAUCCGGCACCAGGAUCCGGUGAAGCUGGAACAGAAUGGAACACCGACACAGGUGAAGCCAUUGCGCGAAAAAUGGGGCCGCAAUCUCGAGUUCCUGAUGUCCUGUGUGGCCCUGUCGGUGGGCUUCGGUAACGUUUGGCGUUUCCCGUAUACGGCGUACAAAAAUGGUGGCGGUGCAUUCGUCAUCCCUUAUCUGAUUGUCCUGUUUGUGAUCGGUCGACCGAUCUACUACCUCGAGAUGGUGUUGGGCCAAUUCUCGAACCGGGGCUGCGUUAAGGUGUACGAUCUGGCACCGGCCAUGCGCGGUAUUGGCGUUGGUCAAACGAUGGCCAUCUUCACCGUCAUCACGUACUACACGGCGGUGCUGGCCAUCACACUGCGCUAUCUGAUCGUUUCGUUCAGCAGUGAGCUACCGUGGGCCCGAUGUGAUCCCAGCUGGACCAACUGCAUCGAUUCGUUGGCCACCGGUAACCUCAACACCGCGGCAGACAACGUCACGAUACUGAACCGGACGUCCGCUGAGCUGUACUUUGACAAAACGGUGAUGCACUCGUACGACUCACUGGAGGGAGGAUUGGGGUACCCCGACUGGAAGCUGGUGUUGUGUCUGAUCGUCGCUUGGCUGUGUAUUGUUGGCGUUCUCAUCAAAGGAAUCAAAAGCUCCGGCAAAGUGUCGUACUUCCUGGCCAUCUUCCCGUACAUCAUCAUGGCGAUACUGCUGAUUCGUUCGCUUACCCUCGAGGGUGCCUGGAAGGGUAUCAGCUUCUUCUUCACACCACAGUGGGACAAGCUGCUCGACAUUAAGGUCUGGUACGAGGCGGUCACCCAGUGCUUCUUCUCACUCACCAUCUGCUUCGGUGGGUUGAUCGCGUACUCUUCGUUCAACAAUUUCUCCAACAACAUCUACCAACACGCCGUAAUUAUCACCUCACUCGAUACGGCCACCUCUCUGGUGGCGGGCUGCGUCGUGUUCGGUGUAAUCGGCCACUUGGCGCACGUCACCGGCCAGGAGGACAUUUCGAAGGUGGUGAAGGGAGGUUUCGCGCUUACCUUCAAGACGUACCCUGAUGUGCUGGCCAAAUUUACCCACAUGCCACAGUUCUUCUCGAUCCUGUUCUUCUUUAUGCUGUUUCUGCUCGGCAUUGGCACGCUGAUCGGUAUCGUCACUUCCGUCAUCACGGCAAUUCAUGAUCAGCAGCCAAGGAUUGUGCGGUGGAAGAUAGUGAUCGGUGUUGCCGCUGUCGGAUUCUGCGUUGGGCUCGUUUAUCUGACUCCGGGUGGUUUAUUUGUGCUGGAUCUGUUUGAUUAUUUUGGUGCGACGCUUGCCACACUCACGUUGGCCGGUUUCGAGCUGGCGACGUUUGCUUGGAUCUACGGCGUUAAUCGGGUGUGCAAGGACAUCGAAUUUAUGCUCGGCAUCCGAACCGGACUGUUCUGGCGUAUCUGCUGGGGAAUUGUAACGCCCGUUUUAAUCAUCAUCAUUCUAAUCAUCAGCUUCAUUAACUUUGAAGUCAAAAAAGUGCCAACCGGGUACAACGCCCUUGGUUGGUGUUUGUUUGCAUUCUCGGCGCUACAGCUUCCCGGGUGGGCCAUCUACGCCAUCCUGAAGCGCAAAGGUCCGACGUGGCAGGAAAGCGUUCGUGCGGCUUUCCGUCCGAUGGCCGACUGGGGCCCGGAAGAUGACCAGAAGCGAGCGAACUACAGUGAAUGGAUCGAGCAGUACCGGCAGCGGUUAGCAGGAUCCAACGAAAAUACACUACUCCACAAAAUACGCCAAAAGCUGUUCAGUUAAGUUUGCCAUGGAUGCCGGCCACGAUGAUGGUAGAGGCAGAUUUCCGACCGGGAGAAUACAAUACAAAUAUUUACUUUAAAUAAAAGCUGCAACCAGUCCGCCGGGGGGGGAGUUGCGAUAUGCUUGGGUUUGCAUGCUACCAUAAUGCAAAUAUAUGUGCGGAAGCGGCGUCCACAGCUUGAUCCAAAAUAGAUAGCUCAUUCCGGAAAUGACGCGCAUCGGCACGUGACGCACGCCCGUGACGCACACGUCUUGGCAGCACAGAAUGCAAGUUUAUCCACGAACACCAAUCACUGUUUUGUGCCAUUUUGACUGUAUAGUAAGUCGUUAAAAUUACCUUUUUCGAAUAAAAAUAUUUCGUUUCGUA